GCGCAGAACCAUGAGUACCUUUGGGUACCGCAGGGAGCUGAAGAAGUUUGAGGAGGAGGAUGAAGACGAGCUGCUGGCCACUCUGUCCCCCGAGGAGCUCCAGGAGCUGGAGAGGGAGCUGGCCAACCUCGACGACAACAUCCCCAUCGGCCUCAGGCAGAAAGACCAGACCGCCAAAACUCCAACGGGGACCUUCGACAGGGACGCUCUGCAGAAAUACUGGGAGGAUGAGAAUAAGAAGCUGCUGGAGGACGGGAGGAUGGAGUCCAACGCUGGACAGGAAGGAUGCCCAGAUAAGAGCAGGGGGGAGCGAGUGACAGUGACCACCAGCGACACCGGCAAGACUCUGGACAGCGACAGGAAAAGGAUUUCACAAAAAGGAAAGAAAGCUCAGAGUGUCUUUCGCAAAAAUUAUGCGAAGGAAGACGAGGUGGAAAAGAAAGAUGAGUGUAAAAAGGAGGCUACGAUCAGGAGUAAAUGUCCUCAGAAGAACGGUCCGUCAAAAGUCUUGAAGAGUGAAUCGAGGAGGACUGAAACCACAGACCAAAACUUGGAUGCAACCUCUGACAGACCGAGCGGGAACCCGAUCGUCAUCGACAAAACUCUGGAGCAGAUCCUGUGUGACGACCCCACCAUGAGCGAGGUCAACCUCAACAACAUCGAAGACAUUUCCCAGGAAACCUUGCUUCGUUUCGCAGAGGCGCUGUGCACAAACACUCAUGUCCAUGUUUUCAGCCUCGCCAACACUCACGCUGAUGACCGGGUGGCCUUUGCCAUCUCCAAGAUGCUCCGUGAGAACUGCUUCAUCCGAAACCUGAACAUAGAAUCCAACUUCGUGUCUGGUCAGGGCAUCCUGGCUCUGCUGGCGGCGCUGCAGCACAACAGGACACUGGUGGAGCUUCGCUUCCACAACCAGAGGCACAUCUGCGGGGGGAAGGUGGAGAUGGAGAUGGUCCAACUGCUGAGGGAAAACACCACUCUGCUCAAGCUCGGUUACCAGUUCGACCUCCCGGGCCCGAGGAUGACGGCGACCGGAAUCCUAACACGCAACCAGGACCAACAGCGACAGAGGAGGCUCCAACAGAAGAAGGAACAGAGUCCUCCAGAGGUGUCAGGACAAGGUUCUGGUUCGUCUGCAGAAAACAGACCACCAAAGAAGCCAUCACAAUCUUCUAAAACUGUUGAAAAUCAGAACAGAAAUCCUCCUCCUCCUCCUCCUCCAUCUCUAGACCCACCGACAAGGAAGAUCGCCGAAAUGGUCAAACAGCACGAAGGCUCGAACAGCACAAAGAGUCAGUCAAACCAAAGGAAACCCAAGUCAAAGAAGCUCAAGAAUGGCGCCAAUGAAAAGGAGAGCGCAGAUAUUCUCAAGGACCUGAAGAACGCCUUGAAGCCGUCACUGCAGAAGAGACAAGAUGAAUCGUCACGUUUGCCUCCCCCACAGAGGUCGAGCCGCGACGACCUGAUGGCGGCAAUUCGUGGAAGCAGCAUCAGGUCCUUAAAAAAGGUGGAUCUGUCACAGGCCUGAACUCACCUACUGCUCACACCUGAACUGUUCUCACUUUGUAUUGAAAUAUUUUAUUUUUAUUUCACACUAAAUGUCACUUUUUAACAGCAUCUUACUUAACUUGUCACACAGCGUAGCAGCAGACUGCAUUUCUGUGUUUCAGAUAUUAUUGUUGUAUUUUGUUACUGUGUGAAACCUACUGUGAAUAAUGAUGUGUAGAGAAAUAAAGUUUAUGUUCUGACUCAGUCUA